GUUACUACUAUCCUGUGUAUCUGCGCGCUCUUGUUAAAGUUGUUUGUUCUUGUGAACGUGCGUGUGCGAUCGUUUUCAAAUGUUUGUCGAUCUGUUCUAACAUCUUUGUUUUACAGAUCGAGUAGUGGCGACAUAUAAGUAUCACUUCUCGUCGUCUGUUCGUCGGGGAUACAAGUGCAAUUUCAUCUUUUUUACAGGAAUGAUCAGUACCAAGUCUAGAUGUGCAUAUCGUCGGCAUUUUCCGGUUCAAUGAUAUUUUUAGAGUUACGCCCUUUAAUUAAUUUAUUUUUGAUGUUUGUCUGACUCCUCUUAUAACACUUAUUAAUGCAAUUUCGUUGAAACUUUACAGGAUUGAAUGGUAGCUCAAGUACUUUAUAUAAUUUACAGAUUUUCAAGGAUUGAAUGAUUUAGGCUGACAUAUGGUCCUUGAAUAACAAGGUGUGUUUUUUUUCGUGUUGCCAGCUACAAAGACGGUUGUCACUUUCAUAAAAACUUAACAGGAAUUACCAAUGCCAUGUCUAGUUGUGCAUUUGAUUUCAUUUUUUUUUCAAAGUUAUGGCCCUUUUUUAUUCAGGGCUGGGAAUCAAAACUGCGUCGUAUCCUACAAAAUGUAAACAAACGCCGCCAUCUUGGAACGAAAAAGGCAUGUCUGUUGGUAUAGUAGCAUACAUUACGGCCUUGUCGUCACUACCGUUCCCGCAGAUCUGGACUGUAUGUUUUCUGGCAGCUAUAAUUCUAACAGGAAUUGAUGGACAGCUGGUUCCUAUGGACAUGUUAAUGCAGCUGAUAGGAGAUGUUUUCCCGAGGGUACGGCGUGGUUUCAGGAUCCAUGCACUUGUUGUUACAGGAGUUAUAUUCUUUCUUUGUUCAUUGCCCACGUGUACUGGGGCAGGUGCUUAUAUUUUCCUAUGGACGGAUUGGUACAAUGGUGCAAUGAUUGUUCCCAUACUUGCUUUUAUUCAACUUGUGGUCGUUGCCUGGGUGUAUGGUUUGUAUAUUUGA